CAUUUCUCUCUUCAGCAUGGAUUCAGUAAACACUUCUAGGUGCGAUAAAGAGAGCAUAUGCAACCACCGUCUCAACGGUACAGACUUCGUUCAGAAACUCCGAGUCCUUCUCCUGCUCUCCCAGAGAUUCCACCAGCGGAACUUGAUCUCACUUUUUCCUUUGACACGAUCAUGGGUUGUCCAGAAAUUUCAGAACCACAGGCCGAGAAAGUCCAGAAGCGAGCUAGUAACGUGAUGAAGUUGAAAGAAAAGCUUAGAGCCAUGACUGCUCGCUUAGAAGCUGCUGAACGCAAACGUCAGGAGUUAGCUAGCAGAAUUCCGAAUCAACAACAGAACAAUACGGCACAAUCCAAUAGGUCAUAGAAUUCGUCUCUCUUUCAUUCAUUCUGCAUAUGCUGGCAAGACCAGGACUCCAAUACUCAGUUUAACCCCUCAUUUCUUCCCACAUCGUUGCUCUCCUUACCCUGUCGUUGUUAUAAGCAUUAUUUAGACAUACUAUCCGAUUUACAUCCGAUGAGGUACACGAAACGUGCAUGCCACCACGCUUUAUGGUCCGAGUUUACAAUGGGACCACGGUCGUGCACAUAC